UUUCAUGCUCUCAGCUCCAGUGCAGAUAAGUUUCAGCAGGGUAGAGUAGCUGGGGAAAAUAUCAAGGUCCAAGAAUCAGAUUCAGGAGGAAAACUUUGAUAAAGAGUAAAAGGCAGUGAAAACAGUUCUGAGAAAGUAUUACCGGUAGAAGUAGAGAAAGAAUAGUGAGAAGAAAGUCAGGGUGUAGAUACUGACAGACUUGGAAGUUUAUAACCAGCUCAGAGAAAAAGAUGGACUUUCUGUUCAGCAGAUCAGCCACCCUACUGUUAUUCUUCCUGUCGACAUGGUUUGGGGGAUUUUCUUCGGUCCUGGGCCAACACUUGAGAGAGACAGAUGCACUGUGUAAUGCAGAUGGCUGCUUUGUGGUCUACUUUGAAAGCAAAAUCUUUCUGGAUUCAUGGAGGACCUGCAAGGAAAAAGGUGGAAAUCUAGCUACAAUUAAACGUAAAGAGGAUGCCAGCGCCAUUGCUACACUCUUCUCCAAUGUGGACCUACCGCUGUCUCACACCAAAGUUCGAGUUUGGAUUGGCCUGCAGCGACAACCUCGUCAGUGCAAUGAAAGGCUUCCUCUGAGGGGUUUUUCGUGGACUACUGGUGACCAAGACACAGAGUAUACUAACUGGCAAAAAGAAUAUUCUCCCAGUUUGUGCAUGAUACCUCGCUGCAUAGCAAUGGGCUACAACACUCAAUUGCAGAGUGAUAACUUCAAGUGGCUGGAUAGUUCAUGCUCUGUCCCUGUAGAUGGAUAUCUUUGCCAUUUUGCUUUCAAAGGAAUGUGUUCUGCCUUGUGGAGUGAGGGUGCAAGCAGUGUUGUCUAUACUACCCCAUUUAACCUUGUGAGCACUAUACUAACUCAUGUACCAUUUGGAUCUGUGGCUAACAUACUCUGUCCAACAGACACCACUGGGGACUGGUCGCCUAUUCUGUGUACACUGAAGGAUGAUGGCUCAGUGGGAUGGUCACGUGAACCUCCUCUUUGCUCUGAUUUCUCUAUAUCACAGGACCCAUGUGACCAAAACAAUGGUGGAUGUGACCACUUGUGCAGGGUCGUCAAUGGUGAGUUCUUCUGUGAGUGUGCUGAUGAUUACCAUCUAGGAGAUGAUGGACAGACCUGUGAGCUUACCAAUGCUUGCCAAGGGUACCCCUGUGAGGGUGAGUGCUUGACCCUUCCAGAUGGCUACCGCUGUGCCUGUCCUGAUGGAUACAUGCUGGCACCAGACGAACAUGCCUGUCUGGAUGUAGAUGAAUGUUCUCUGAGUCCUUGUGAGCAGCUAUGUAAGAAUGCUCCAGGGACAUUUGAAUGUCUGUGUUUCAAUGGUUAUAUUCUUAAUGACAAGAAUGGGUGUGACGAUGUAGAUGAGUGCACCGAAAACCCUUGUGAACAUACUUGUGUGAACACUCCAGGGUCACAUUUCUGUCAAUGUGAUAGGGGUUUCACAUUUGACCCUCAAGAACCCAACCGAUGCCAAGACAUUGACGAAUGUCAAAUUGCUCACAUCUGUGACCAGAUGUGUGUAAAUUAUGAGGGUACUUUUGACUGUUAUUGUAAGGAAGGCUAUGAGCUAAUGCCUGAUGAGUACACCUGUCAAAAGGUAGAAGAAGAUGAAUAUAGACCCAUGGUCACCCAGCAUCCUGGGCUUCUUUGGGAUGUUGUACACUACCCCUGGAACCCAGAGUCAAGCAACACUCCCUGGACUAAAGAGGAGGACCAGUAUCUGGACUGGCUUUCCGAAACACAAAGUAUUUUGGAUUCUGGUGUGAUUCCAGUCACCAGCAUCUCACAAGAUGAACAUUCUUUUGAUUUAAACCCUCAGACUGAAAGUGCUCACCUAUUGGAGUCAGACCAACCCGUUUUAUUCACCAUUAGCUCCAGCACCACCUCAGACUGGAACAAAGAUAGCAACGAGGAGACUACUACAGCUCCACCAUUGCUUCCCAUCUCUACAAUCUCUGAGGGAGCCUGGAAUUGGUGGUCAGGGUGGGUCACAUCCACUCACAGUCCAAAAACUCAAGAAGUAACUCACGCCAAAAUGUCUGCAGAGUUAGGUACACAUAAAGCAGCUGAAGAAAAGCCCCUUCAAAGGGAACUCCCCAAAUUCCCAGAGGAGGGGUCUGAAAACGACAAGAAUUAUAUGGAAAUAACUCACACUGGAGGCCCUGCUGCUCCCUUCCAGUUUACUACAUCCCAACCCCCCGCGGGAGAGAGUGGGAGGGGUGGCGUGACCCUGGAUCCCGACCAGAAAGAUAAAGAGCAGAAAUCGAGCAGCACUGGGCUCCUGGUGGGCUUACUUGUGCCUGUCUGUAUCUUUGUUCUGGUGAUGGUGGCUCUGUGUAUCGUCUACGGCACCCGCUGCUCAGUUAAACCAAAGAACAAAAAUAGCCCCAAGUGCUAUCACUGGAUCUCUGGAGCUCACGACAAACAGGGAGCUCCUAACCUGUCAACAGGAGUCAAGACCCCCGUGUGAUCUGAGAGACAACCAACACUGGACCGGCUUUCUAACUGUUGAACUUUCUGAAGAUGUUGACAUUACUGUUUAAGAUCAGCCGAGAGAAGAAAGAUGAGGAUGUGGAAAACAUCUGGGGGAAUGUUUGCUGCACGUGUUGAAAAAGAAAAUAUCAGUUUGAUUUAUAAUGGGCUGUAAUUCUUUUAGUA